GAUUGUUUUUUUUUCCCUCUUCCUUCUCCGGCGAAGUGGCGUUAUUGAACAGAGUCAUGGCCAUGAAAGCUCCCGAUUCCGGCGGAUCUGGGGAAAUUCUUCCAAUUACUCUCUCUCUUUCCGAAACUACGUCUGGAGUUGCCGCAGCUUUGCAGUCGCCUCAACCGCCGUCUUCUUCUUCCGAUAUCGAUACUAUCUACGUACCUAGCUACUCCCGUUGGUUUUCGUGGACGGACAUCAACGGAUGCGAGGUCCGUUCAUUGCCGGAAUUCUUCGAUUCGAGAUCUUCGUCCAAAAACCCUAAGUUUUACCUCUACUUAAGGAAUUCGAUUAUUAAGCAGUACAGAGACGAACAUCCUCGGAAGAUUAGCUUCACUGACGUUCGGAGAACUCUCGUCAGUGAUGUUGUCUCUAUUCGUCGCGUAUUUGAUUUUCUCGAUUCAUGGGGGCUUAUCAACUAUACUAGCUCCGCCUCUGCUAAGCCGCUCAAGUGGGACGAAAAGGAGGCCGGAAAAUCCGUCGGAGAUGCUGCUUCUGAGCCAUCCACAACUGUCAAAGAAACUGCCAAGAGAAUCUGCAAUGGCUGCAAAUCAAUUUGCAGCAUAGCUUGUUUCGCCUGUGAUAAGUAUGACUUGACAUUGUGUGCGAGGUGCUAUGUCCGUAGUAACUAUCGUGUUGGUAUUAACUCCUCGGAGUUUAAGCGAGUUGAGAUUAGUGAGGAGUCAAAGAUACAGUGGUCUGAAAAGGAAAUUCUGCUUCUGCUGGAAGCUGUUAUGCACUAUGGAGAUGAUUGGAAGAAGGUUGCACCGCAUGUCACUGGUAGAACCGAGAAGGAUUGUGUUUCUCAGUUUGUCAAGCUUCCGUUUGGGGAACAGUUUGUAAAAGAGUCUGACUUUGAGGAUGGUUUAGAGGCGUUUGAUCAGAUCAAGGGCUCUGCUAUUCCUGAAUCUGAAGGAAUAGAUAAAGACGGUUCUUCUCCCAAUAAGCGGAUGAAAUUAACGCCUCUUGCAGAUGCAAGCAACCCAAUAAUGGCUCAGGCUGCUUUUCUUUCAGCUUUGGCUGGCACAAAAGUUGCAGAAGCAGCAGCUCGAGCGGCAGUGACAGCUUUAUCUGAUGUAGACGAGGCUGACAAAAACGCCAGUGGAGACCCAAAUCGACAAGAAACCAAUGCUGCACCGAGCGGUGAAACCACUAGAAACGACUCUGAAAGAGCUUGGGCAGAUGCGAAGUCUUUGAUCGAGAAGGAAGAGCAGGAGGUAGAAGUAGCAAUCAAAGAGACUGUUGAAGUUGAGAUGAAGAAGAUCCGAGAUAGGAUUGUACAUUUUGAGAAAUUGGAUUUGGAAAUGGAGAGAAGCCGGAAACAAUUGGAGGAGAUGAAGAAUCUGCUUUUCGUUGAUCAAUUAAACAUUUUCUUCCACACAAGAAAAGCCCGGACAUCUGAAGAUAGAGUAGAGUGUUAGAACACACUUAAAUUUGAAACUGUUAUUUCUUCUUUGAGUAUUGUCUUGUUAAGAAGAUGACUUGUAUGGUAGUGUACUUGAGAUGUGUUGGUGACAAAAUGAGAUGAGAUCGAAUUGGUAUAAAUAAGGGUGGGUGCG